GGGAGUCUGCGCCAUCACGUCACCUUCGUGCGACACGUCUCGCCGUUCUGUUCGUGGCGUGUUUCGGCGGCUCCUUCCAGGAUCCGCGUGACCUUCCGCAUGUUCUACCGCACUGUCCGGGGAGGGGGCUGGCGGAGUCCAAGAACUUCUCCUUGAGGCCGGGGAGUCUCGGUGGACCCUCCGGGGCCAUCGGAGACGUGAGGCAGAGUCGCUGUAUUUCUAACAUCAGUUUCAAACUAUUUGCCCUUGGAUAACAGUGCAAUUCUAUGAAAGUAUGGCUGGUUAUAAGCCUGUAGCGAUCCAGGCAUAUCCUGUACUUGGUGAAAAAAUCACCCAAGAUACACUGUACUGGAACAACUAUAAGACCCCUGUUCAGAUCAAGGAGUUUGGUGCAGUGUCAAAAGUAGACUUUUCUCCACAGCCUCCGUAUAAUUAUGCUGUCACAGCUUCUUCAAGGAUUCAUAUUUAUGGCCGAUACUCCCAAGAACCUAUAAAAACCUUUUCACGGUUUAAAGACACGGCAUACUGUGCUACUUUUCGGCAGGAUGGUAGACUGCUUGUGGCUGGCAGUGAAGAUGGUGGCAUUCAGCUUUUUGAUAUAAGUGGCAGGGCUCCCCUCAGGCAUUUUGAAGGCCAUACUAAAGCAGUUCAUACAGUAGAUUUUACAGCUGACAAAUAUCAUGUGGUCUCUGGGGCUGAUGAUUAUACAGUUAAAUUAUGGGAUAUUCCAAACUCCAAAGAAAUUCUGACAUUCAAAGAACAUUCUGAUUAUGUGAGGUGUGGAUGUGCUAGCAAACUGAACCCAGAUCUCUUUGUAACAGGGUCAUAUGAUCACACUGUGAAGAUGUUUGAUGCACGAACAAACCAGAGUGUUAUCUCCGUUGAGCAUGGGCAGCCAGUGGAGAGUGUCCUGCUUUUUCCCUCUGGAGGUCUUCUGGUAUCAGCAGGAGGUCGUUAUGUUAAAGUCUGGGACAUGCUAAAAGGAGGACAGUUGCUAGUGUCUUUGAAAAAUCAUCAUAAAACUGUGACGUGCUUAUGUCUGAGCAGCUCUGGACAGAGGUUACUUUCUGGCUCACUGGAUAGGAAGGUGAAAGUAUAUAGCACAACUUCCUAUAAAGUAGUCCACAGUUUUGAUUAUGCAGCUUCAAUUUUGAGUCUUGCACUUGCACAUGAAGAUGAGACAAUAGUUGUAGGAAUGACCAAUGGAAUACUGAGUGUUAAACAUCGGAAAUCUGAAGCAAAGAAGGAUUCUCUUCCCAGGAGAAGAAGGCCUGCAUAUCGAACUUUUAUUAAAGGAAAAAAUUAUAUGAAACAACAGGAUGACAUUUUGAUCAACAGACCAUCAAAGAAACACCUAGAAUUGUAUGACAGGGAUCUGAAAAACUUCCGGAUCUCUAAGGCACUUGACAGAGUCCUUGAGCCCAGUUGUGCAAUAAAGACGCCUGAGAUAACAGUUUCCAUCAUAAAGGAGCUAAAUCGAAGAGGAGUCCUUGCAAAUGCCCUUGCAGGUCGAGAUGAAAAGGAAAUCAGUCGUGUUCUUAAUUUUUUGAUAAGGAAUCUGUCCCAGCCAAGAUUUGCCCCUGUUUUGAUUAAUGCUGCUGAAAUAAUUAUUGAUAUAUAUCUACCUGUGAUUGGUCAGUCACCUGUAGUUGAUAAAAAGUUUUUGUUACUUCAAGGACUUGUAGAAAAAGAGAUUGAUUACCAAAGAGAACUACUAGAAACCUUGGGGAUGAUGGAUAUGCUUUUUGCUACCAUGACAAGGAAAGAAAGCACUUCUUUGUUGCAGCAUAAUACAUCUGAUGGAUUUCUAGAGAACAAGAAGAUUGAAUCAUAGUGUGUGCUUAACAGGACACAUAAGAGCUCCUAACUUGAAAUAGAUUUGAUGCGGUUGAUUACUGGGAGGAGAAUCUCUUUGAUACAUUUUAAAAAACUAUUUACAGAAGCAAUUUUAUGGAAGAGACUGGAAUAACUAUGCUUGGAAAAUAAGAACCUGUUUUUAAUCAUGGUUUUCCAUGUGCUAUUUUGAAUUAUCUCCUGGCAUCUUCAGCUGGAAGAUGUUUUGGUCAUAGUGUAUGUCCAUCUUGGACAAGUUGACAUUAAUUUUUUUUUUUUCUUUUGCGGUACGUGGGCCUCUCACUGUUGUGGCCUCUCCCAUUGCGGAGCACAGGCUCCAGAUGCGCAGGCUCAGCGGCCAUGGUUCAUGGGCCCAGCUGCUCUGCAGCAUGUGGGAUCUUCCCGGACCGGCGCAUGAACCCGUGUCCCCUGCAUCGGCAGGCAGACUCUCAACCACUGCACCACCAGGGAAGCCCGACAUUAAUUUUAAUACAGCAGAGUUCUGUUUCAGCAUUUGAGUAGGCAUUCAGAACUCUGGAGAGGGUUUCAACUAGGAAUCCUGCCAAAGGAACAGGGCUUUACUUUUCCCUCUAUCCUGGAAAAACAACAACAACAAAACAAAUGGCAACAACAAAUAAAUUAUUUCUUCACUCUAAUCGGGGCAUUUGGGAUUCCCAAGCCCCAGCUAAGUUUGCCUCCCUCUCCUUGAUGCCAUCCCUUAUCCCAGGCCACGUGUUCCACCUAGCUGGUAAUUGGGCUAUAUCUGUUCCAAGUGUGGCAAAUUAGUGGCCAACUCUGAAUAAUUGACCCUAGUUUGACCUGUAUUCAGAGAGUGUGAUGAGGCAGAUUUCAAUACUAAAAAUUGUGCUCACCAGCCCAUGGUUCUUUUUCUUUCUGUAAUCUUGACUGUGCUUCUCAGAACAAGGUCUGCAGGUAGGCCUUACAGACCAUGUUUUUCCUCUUCCCCAAAUAUGCAGCCUUUCUACCAGCUUUUCAACUUGCUUCAGGUCAGCAGAAUGAUGAAAUUUGCCAUGUCUCUUGUGAUUAAUAGCCUUUCACCGUUUUUCAUACAUAUUGAUACAUUUGGAGCUUAUCUAGUAGCUGCCUACCUCUGAAAACCAUUUGAUCUGUGUUUAGGUUUUUUUUUUUUCCUCUAUUCUUAACAUCAUUUUGUUUCAGAACCCCAAGCCAGAGUAGCUUGUUUUGGAAAAUACUUGUGUUUUUUAAAAAAAGUUCAAUGUAAAUCACAUUUUUUUAUAAAGAAAUUCAUAUUUUCUUCUUGGCUUUCUGAGAUGUAUCAAUUUUUGGUGGAUAGUCACUGGCUACUGAUUUCUAGCACGCUGAUUCCUAGCACACUUGCUACCUUUUCCACCUUCCCCCACUUCCUUAAGUAGUUAAUUAUCUGUAAGGAAAUGUCAGGCCAGAAUUCUUAGUUAAAGGAAGAUUUUGUAAUUGCAGUCUCUUAAAAUUGCAGUUCUGUGAAUUCAGAUAUAUAUAUAUAUAUUUGGUUUUUUUUGCAGUACGCAGUACUCUCACUGCUGUGGCCUCUCCCGUUGCGGAGCACCAGCUCCGGACGCUCAGGCUCAGCGGCCGUGGCUCACGGGCCCAGCUGCUCCGCGGCAUGUGGGAUCCUCCCGGACCGGGGCACAGACCCGUGUCCCCUGCAUUGGCAGGCUGACUCUGAACCACUACGCCACCAGGGAAGCUCUCAGAUAUAUUUUUUUAAAGCAGAAAAAAAUAUUCCUAUGUUCUGAUAAGGACAUCUGCUCAACAGAGGGUCUGGUUUCCCCCUCAUGAAUUGAUUUAAGCAAUCAUGAAGCCCAGUGGCUUAUAAGAAACCAGGAGUUUGUUCCCUGAGUAAUUAUGAGAUUAGUCAAGGUUAGAAACUGUGUCUUCAUGUUAAGAAGGGUUAAUUUAUUUAAAUAAAUUUAAAGCUUUUUUAAAAUUUUAACUUCAUAAAUACACUGAUAGAUUGGAUACUAUCAAUACUAAGAAUGAAAGGUUAAAAUUCUACCAAAAAACUAGCUGCCAUCAACUCACAUGUGACAAGGGUUUUCCCAUACAUUAUUUUAUUUGAUUCUCACCACAACCAUCCAAGGUUGGUAUUCUCAUUUAUCAUUGAAUUUACUACAGUAGUUAAUUCACCCUUGAAUUCCCCCAAGCUUGAGUUCCUCAUGCCAGCACCCUGAACUGGCCUGCCUGCUGGAGCCCAAACCACUCAUUCUCUUUAACAAAACUUCAUAGAGUGCUGCUGUCUUUAGAUGAAAUAUGUAACGAUUACAAAUUUUCGAAAAGGUUAGGAAACAAUUCCCAUAGCCAUCAAUACUUCAGUGUUAAGUUCAGGAAUAGUUUUUUAUAGUCAUUGGGACAAAAUGUAGUAUUUGCUAUUUCAAGUAGUAUUGGAACAUACUUGGCAUAUUACAGUAUAACACUGGCCUUCAUUUCCAACUUAAAAUGCCUCACAGAUUUUUAGACUUGUAAAUUUUAGUUGAAAUGUAUUUUAAGGUCUUACAAAGCCUGCAGAAAUACUGAAAUAUGUCAGAGAACUUAGUCACUGUACAUUUAAUUUAUUAUAUUUAUAAGAGUUAAGUACUUGGGAAGGUUUUGCUUGUUGGAUCAAGCAUUUGAAGUGCUGUUUACAAGAAAAUAUCUUAAAAGUAUAAAUGCUAUUAAACUGUUUAAAGGACUUUGGGUUGUAAAUGGGAUUGUUUAAAGAAAUUUAGUCUGUUCAACUUAAAUCAACUAUCAAACAUUAAUUAAAAGCCCCAUUUAAAAUGAUUAUUAAAAUAUAGUAGUUUAUUGAAUGAAAUGACAGACUGCAUGCUGGUGGGGAUAAUCCCUCUAGAAGAGGGGGAAACAUGAUUAGAGAGAGGGGACCAGUUGCUGGAGCAGUGUGCUUGGAAGGGGGCAUGGGACUGAGCGCCCAAAUGGAAUGGUUGGCUUAGACAGCAAAUGAAUAGUUUGGGCAUAGUUCAAGAAGGAAGGCAGAAUGGCACAGAUGUAAUUAGAUGUAUAGCUGUGGUGCUGGGGGUUUGUGGAAGUUCUUUACUAAGUUCCUUUAUGGGAAAACACCACCAACUGAAACAGGUUGGAGAAGGAGGAGUUCAGAGGUUAGGAAGUUUGAGGAGAGAACAGAAAAUGAAUACUUCUAGGGAGGUCAAGGGCUUAUACUCUGGAGUCCUCUGCCUGGGUUUGAACCUUGGCUCAGCCACUCGCUAGCUGUGUGCCUUUGGUCAAGUUAUUUUACCAUUUUGUAUUUCAUUUUCUUCAUCUGUUAAUCAGACAAAAUCACAAAAGGUGCUUGUGAAAAUUGAGUUAAUACCUGUAAAAGUAACCUAGAAUAUUUCUGUUGUUCACUAUUGUUGUUGGGGGAAUGGAUGGACUAGAAAAGGAAGUAGCAUUACCAGCAGCACUAAGGCCCACCUGAGGUUAGUGCCAUGGACUUAAAGUGGACUGUAGCUCACCAUAAGUCCACGAGGUGGCAGUAUUACUUCAAAAACCAUGAGAAGCCCGCUUUUUCCACAGCCCUUUCUCUGAAUCAGUUGGGUAUUGCUAAGUCAUAAGGUGAGUUCUCUCACAAAACAACCAAGAUAUUUGGUCAUUGUAAUGUUGACACAGUGGGUUCAAAAGUCAUUGAUAAUUAUUAUUAGAUGCUAGCCAGAAAUACGAAAAUAAAAUCUAACCUACGACCUUUUUUUUUUUUUUUGCGGUACGCGGGCCUCUCACUGCUGUGGCCUCUCCCGUUGCGGAGCACAGGCUCCGGACGCACAGGCUCAGGGGCCAUGGCUCACGGGCCCAGCCGCUCCGCGGCAUGUGGGAUCUUCCCGGACCGGGGCACAAACCCGUGUCCCCUGCAUCGGCAGGCGGACUCUCAACCACUGCACCACCAGGGAAGCCCUAACCUAUGACCAUUUUGAAUUAAAGAUUAAACCUUUCAACAUUGUAGAAUAAUGGAAAGAACAUGAGCUAUGUGUUCCUGGGUAAGUCCCAGCUGCCCUGGGCCUCAGCUUCCAUAUCUGUUAAAUGGGGCUAAUAUCACUUCCCUUGCAGGAUUGUUGUGAGGAUAAAUACAAAUACGAAAGUGUCUUACCUGCAUUACUGUGUUUUUCACGUUUGUGAUUGUGGAAAAUCUACUUGCCCUGCACUAUUUGGGAACCUUUUCUUAGCUUUUCUGAUUAUUAACAUCAUUUGGAUCAUUUAAGGGUUGGGUUGAAGUUUUCUAUUAUACUAGUAUAAAGGAUGUUUUUAAAAUAAAUUAAUUGCAUACGCUAUUAAAUAAGGGGUGUAACUGAUUUGAGAGAGGCUGCUUACAAGCAUUUUGAAAGUAAAUGGUAUGAUUUGCAUUAGGUACAAAUAAGAUAGUAACCCCUUAUUCAUGAAAACAAGAUGUGAGUUCCCAUUGGAUCAUUAGUGUCAUAGUAGAAACUUUAAGCAGAAUUAUGUCUUUAAACACAUAUAUUAAUGCAGACUUUCCUUUAUUCAAAUUAACUAUAUUAGCUGUGACUGUGUGAUGGCUGUAUUGACCAAAAGGUUGACAAUAUGAACUAUGUUAAUCUAACGAGGGUUUGCAAUUUUUCUAUAAACAUUUCUAUAAACACUGAACUCAUAAGAUUUUUAAGUUUUUUUUAUUUUUAUUUAUUUUUGGUUGCAUUGGGUCUUCGUUGCUGCGUGUAGACUUUCUCUAGUUGUGUCGAGCGGGGGUUACUCUUCAUUGUGGUAUGUGGGCUUCUCAUUGUGGUGGCUUCUCUUGUUGUGGAGCACGGGCUCUAGAGUCCACAGACUUCAGUAGUUGUGGCACGCAGGCUCAGUAGUUGUGGCACACAGGCUUAGUUGCUCCAAGGCACGUGGGAUCUUCCCAGACCAGGGCUCGAACCCGUGUCCCCUGUAUUGGCAGGCGGAUUCUAAACUACUGUGCCACCAGGGAAGUCCCUCUCAUAUAAGAUUUUUUUCGAGGUUUUUUCUUAACUGAGAUAUAAUUGACAUUAUAUUAGUUUCAGGUGCACUAACAGAUAGAGGCUUGACAAAGUCCUACCAAUUAAAAAAAAAAACCAAAAACCAAAACAAGUCAAAAGCAGUUUCCUCAUAGGAAACAAGUGAGAAGCAGUAGUCAGAUUUUUUCUUUUACUGUUAUCCCCUUAGAAUAAAAGACUUUGAGGUCUACGUGCCUAACUCAUACUUAUCUUUCAGUGGGAAGAGGUCUAAGUGAUAACGAAGAAUUGAGAAAAUGAAACAGCCAGUUGCAGUGAAAUUUGUUGAUAGUAGCAUAUAUGAGCUUCCUUAUUCUGUAAUUUCUAGGAGAAUAUUAUGAGCUCAUAAACAUGAUUUUCUACUAUGACAUUAUUACCCAUAAACCUACACGUAACCUAGUGGUUUUAUUUACUUAUCUUGUGAGUGCGUUACAAGUUAUUUAAGAUAGUGCAAGUCAGUGCAUUAUUAAUGGUAGGAAACUCUCUGGUCAACUUUUGAAGAGGACCUUGUAUAAUUCUGCUUUAACAAUAAGUAUAAGGGUGAUCAAAACUGGAAAAUUAUGGACAAGAAUAAUAAUAAUGGUUAAUACUAAUAAUAUACUUACUAAGUCACUGUUCUCACCAAUGACGUAUACUAAUUUAUUUAAUCUUCACAACAACUCUGGAGUUGGUACUGUAUCAAAAUUAACUG